GGUGUCGCGGCACGUUGUGCACGCGCAGGUUUAUGUUGUAAAACAGGAAACGGUCGGUGAGAGGAUUUAGCAGCAGUUAGCCUGUUGGCUACCAGCACUGCAUACAGAGAAGAAAUCAGAGCAGAGCGUUUAUCUGAAGAAGGGAAUAAACGGUUGAUUGUUUUCAUCGGUGGGACCGACAUGUCAGAGACGUACGAUUUCCUGUUUAAGUUCCUAGUGAUUGGCAGCGCUGGGACUGGGAAAUCAUGCCUCCUUCAUCAGUUCAUAGAGAACAAGUUCAAACAGGACUCCAACCACACCAUCGGCGUUGAGUUUGGCUCCAGGGUUGUCAGUGUUGCCGGCAAAACGGUCAAACUGCAGAUCUGGGACACGGCUGGGCAGGAGCGCUUUAGGUCGGUGACCCGCAGCUACUACCGUGGGGCAGCAGGGGCUCUUCUCGUUUAUGACAUCACAAGGCUGAUGGUUGCCCUAGAGACCAGUGACUCAAACAAAACAAGAUUCCCUGAAAGCGUGACGAGCGCACACAUAGUAAGGAAACGUGAAGGACGGCAUUAUGAGUCAUGUAUUGCAGCACUCGGAGGUCGUCACAGACACUGGCUUCUGAGGAGCUGUAUUAACAGUGACUGGGGAGUGGUAAGAUGCUACAUCGCCAUCAUCCUGUGCGGGAACAAGAAGGAUCUGGAUGCGGACCGUGAGGUCACCUUCCUAGAAGCAUCUCGUUUUGCCCAGGAGAACGAGCUGAUGUUUUUGGAGACGAGUGCUUUAACCGGGGAGAACGUAGAGGAAGCCUUUCUCAAAUGUGCUCGUACCAUCCUCAAUAAGAUUGAGUCGGGAGAGUUGGAUCCGGAGCGGAUGGGUUCUGGGAUCCAGUACGGCGACGCAUCCCUGCGGCAGCUCAGACAGCCCCGGGGCUCUGCUGCACAGGCCAAGCAGCAGUGUAACUGUUAGGGGCCCGGACACCCUGACCGCUACCUGACAUCAGACCAUACACACACAACCUCCCCCCUCGGCUCCGGGUGUCUCACGCCCCUUACCCCUCUCCCAAAGGGGCACGGGCAGUAGAGAUGAAUCACGUCCCGACUGAGAGACUGUGUGUGUUUUUAACUUCUCCAGCGAUUCUUACACACACAGUUCCUUCUUUUAAUGUAACCAGCCACCAUCUAGACUUCACUAGACUGGGAUAAACCAUUCAAAGACAGCAGUAGAUGAAAAAUUCCUAGGUCUUAAACUAAAUCAUUUUAUACAUUGUGACAUAUCAUAACUUUGUUGGUAUUAAACUGAAUGUCCCCUUGAUUUUGUUUUGACAAAAUAUGACCAGACAGCCAAAUUACAGCUUUUUUAAAACCCCUUAUACACUCAGAUAUUUACCUUGUUGCAUUGGUCAUGCAUUUAAAGAGUUUCUGAAAGCUCAAAGGAGGUGAAGGGGAGAAAGAAACAUCCGUUCAGAUCUUGUCAUUCGCUCGGCGCUAUCUGCUGCAUAUCAGAUGUUUACCGCCAUCUCAGUCUGGCUUGGGUUAGAGGUUAUCGUUUAACUUAACCUCACCCGUCUUUCUGCACAGACCUCCAACCUUCUUAUUGAAAUUAAGGACAACUAAUCUUGUCAGUUUUGUUCUUAUUUACAUUGUGCAUUUGUUUGGCAUUCACAUAUAGGAAUAUAAAAUAAUACAUUUGUUCAGAGAUUGGUGGUUUCAAAAUGUAUUUCACGAAAUGCCAAAAAAAAA